UGAAAACUACCUACCAACCUUCCCACAAUUCCCCCCCCUCUCUCUCUCUCUAGAAUCCUAGUGCUGGCAAGCCAUUGCAUUCAAUUGAAGCCCCAAUUGCAAAAAUUCAUAAUUCCAGCACCUAGAAAACCCUAAAUCGCAAUCAACUCCAUCAAAAUCACGCGCACAUACCAACAACUGCAGUUGAUUUUUUGUGCAUUUAUUCUAUACAGAAUUCUCCGUCACGCUUGUGCGGUGCCUUGUUCGCUAUUCUGUCCCUUACGCACCAACCACGACCUCUCCCGUUUCUUGCGUCUCUCGCUACCACACCUCAACCAAUCGCAAUUCUUCGGCUUUGCUCAAACUUAUUUGGGGAAGAGUUUGUUUGCAAGGUUUUUCUGAAUUCUCCGUUUCCUAUUUCAGAAGCCUGCAGGUUUCCCCUUUUUUUUGAUUCUAGGCGUUACCUGGCCACAUCUGUUCAUCUUGGUAAUUCAUGGAGGAUAACAACAGUUGAAUAUGGCAUUAUCAGAGAGUACUUCAUUUCAACCUAAUUUACUGCUGCAAUCACUUGUACAACAAUGUCAAGUUUGGAGGAGCCUCUUGGUCUUGACAAGCUCCCAGCUUUGAGCAACAUUGACCAAGUUUAUAGGUUCUCAUCCGGUGCAUGCAGGCCUGUCCCAGAAGAUAUGGGAAUGGGAAACUGCUGGAUUGAAGGGAGAAGUUGCAGCUCAUCUAAUAGCUGCAAGGAAGAUUUUGGAGAGUAUGAAAAAGACCAUGUUACGUGGAGAAGACAUAAAAGAAACUUGUUCCAGAGGACUUCAAGUCUAGGUAGAGGUUCGGUGGCCUGUAGAAACAUGACUGAAAAUGACACCGGGGAAUCAAAAUAUAAGCUUUUCAAGUGUGUGCCGAAAUAUGUGAAGAUAGUCGAAGUUGGCCCCAGGGACGGGCUACAAAAUGAGAAAACAGUUGUCCCAACAUCUGUCAAAGUCAAAUUGAUCCACAAAUUGGUUGCGUCUGGAUUGGCUGUUGUUGAGGCUACAAGUUUUGUUUCACCCAAGUGGGUACCUCAGCUGGCAGAUGCAAAGGAUGUGAUGGAAGCAAUUCAGAAUUUGGAAGGAGUUAGAUUGCCUGUUCUGACUCCCAAUCUUAAGGGCUUUGAAGCUGCUGUUGCUGCGGGUGCAAAAGAAGUCGCUGUAUUUGCAUCAGCUUCUGAGUCAUUCUCAAAAUCAAAUAUUAAUUGCAGUAUUGAAGAGAGCUUGGUUCGCUAUCUUGCUGUAACUUCUGCUGCCAAAAAACUUUCGAUUCCUGUGCGCGGGUAUGUGUCUUGUGUUGUUGGCUGCCCAGUAGAAGGAUAUAUCUCACCUUCAAAAGUUGCAUAUGUAGCAAAGGAACUUCAUAACAUGGGCUGUUUUGAGAUAUCUCUUGGAGAUACAGUUGGAGUUGCGACACCAGGUACUGUACUUCCUAUGCUAGACGCUGUGAUGGCUGUUGUGCCGGUCGAGAAGCUUGCUGUUCAUUUCCACGACACAUAUGGACAGUCUCUACCUAAUAUUCUGUUAUCCCUCCAAAUGGGAAUUAGCACAGUGGAUUCAUCUGUUUCGGGUCUGGGAGGAUGCCCCUAUGCCAAGGGAGCUUCGGGAAAUGUUGCGACUGAGGAUGUGGUGUACAUGCUUAACGGUCUUGGUGUGAAGACCAAUGUUGACAUGGGGAAGCUCUUGUCAGCAGGCGAGUAUAUCAGCCAGUUUUUAGGGCGUCCAUCGGGCUCCAAGACAGCGAUUGCCAUCAGCCGCAGAGAUUCGAGAGAGUGCAGCUGAUCAUUCAUAUAUUUAGUAGGGUAUACAAUGUAUACUACCAUCAUUUAUAAGACGAGGGAAGGAAUCCAAUUGUUGAGACACUUCUCAUAGUAGUAUUCAAGGUUUCGAAAAGAGAUGGACAUGUAAUCUCAUAAAUGACCUGUUAUCAUUAAUAUUAUCUAGAGGCUCAAAAUUA